AUGGACAGGGAGAGCUCCCUCCCGCCAACCACCUGUAGUAGAGGUCAUACGCAUCCACCUUGGAAUACUUCAGGUGUGUUGAGGAUAGCGAAAUGUGAAAGUGUGUGUGGAUUCUGUAUGAAGGAGACAGAUACAGCUGCGAAGUUGAGGAAACAUGUUGCGAUUCAUAUCAAAAAUGAAGGACUUAAUUUGACAAUAGCGGAGGCUGCUAGCGGGAGAGGAAGAUUAGAAGUUCCAACUCACAAAUAUUCAUAUGAUACAUCAGGAUGUUCAUCACAUGGCCAUAUAACGCCUCUGGAGGAUGAACAUCCUCAGCUCACAUAUUCAUCACAUACACCUACUUAUUCAACGUACUCUUCCGCGUCUCUCACACCAUCACCAUCUACAUACACAAGUAUAGCUCAAAGACCUCUAGCAACAUCAUCUUCCAGCUACGACACAUACGCCUCGCAUCGCUCCCCAUCCUACUCCGCCGCUCCCAGCCCAAGCAGCACAUCCGCCCUCUCAAACUACCGUUCCUUAACCCAAGGCUCAACUCACGCCCUUACAGAUCCUUUCUCCUCCUUGCGCUCUCAUGCCUUACGCACAAAAUUUGAAUGGACAGUCAUAACCCCUUCCGAGGGCUUCGCCAUUCUCGAUUACUGCAAAUCCAUGUCUCAAGCUAGUAGCGAGCAAGUUCCGUGUUACAAUCGCGAAACGCUAUUUGAUGAAGAGUGGCAAAGCCACAUGAGGGAUGUUCAUGGAGUUUAUCUGAUAUGGCCCGAAACCUGGAUGAAGAGGGUAGAGGUGUUAGAUUUAGAAGGGGUAGGCGGAAGGAUUGAAGGCGUUAAUGAUCUAGUUAUGGAAGGAAAGACAGUAGAAAGUUGGGGACUUUUGGGAGAUGAAUAA